AUGGAGCUCUGCAGGCUGCAGCUGCCAGGGCUGUACGGGCUGCUGGCACUGUUCGCGGCGCUGGCACUGCACGCUUCCGCCACGCCGGGCCCGGCCCUGUGGCCUAUGCCGCUCUCCGUACAGAUAUCCCCGAACGUGCUGCACCUCUCUCCGCAGAGCUUCUCCAUCAUGCACGACCCCUCUUCCAAGGCCGGCGCCUCCUGCACCCCUCUACAGGAAGCGUUUCGGAGAUAUUAUGACUAUAUUUUUGGUUACUACAAGAAUCUUGAUCACCCUGCUGUGUUUUCUACUGAAAUGGAGUUGCAGCAACUUCUUGUCUCAGUCAUCCUGGAUUCAGAGUGUGACACCUUCCCCAGUAUCACUUCAGAUGAGUCCUAUUUUUUAUAUGUGAAAGGACCAUGAGUGGCUUUCCUCAAGGCCAACAGAGUUUGGGGGUCAUUACGAGGUUUAGAGACUUUUAGUCAACUAAUUUACCAAGAUCUUUAUGGAACUUUCACCAUCAAUGAAUCCAACAUUACUGAUUCUCCAAGGUUUUCUCAUAGAGGAAUUUUAAUUGACACAGCCAGACACUUUCUAUCAGUUAAGACUGUUCUUAAAACUCUGGAUGCCAUGGCUUUUAAUAAGUUUAAUGUUCUUCACUGGCACAUAGUUGAUGACCAGUCCUUUCCUUAUCAGAGCAUCAUUUUUCCUGGGCUAAGCAAUCAAGGGAGCUAUUCUUUGUCUCAUGUUUAUACACCAAAUGAUGUCAGUACAGUGAUUGAAUAUGCCCGAUUACGAGGGAUUUGGGUCAUACCAGAAUUUGAUACCCCUGGAUAUUCACAGUCUUGGGGAAAAGGUCAGAAAGACCUCCUGACUCCAUGUUAUAGUCAACAUGUGCUGACUGGGACCUUUGGACCUAUAAACCCUAUUCUCAAUUCAACUUACAGCUUUCUGUAUCAGUUUUUCAAAGAAAUUAGUAUGGUGUUUCCAGAUCAGUUCAUUCAUUUGGGAGGAGAUGAAGUAGAAUUUGAUUGUUGGUAUGACAAUUCUUUAAGAACCUUUUUUUUUUUUAAACCAUUGCAUUUGAAGUAG